AAAGAAGAUGAUGAAACUGAUGAAGAGAAUGAGAAUAAAGAGAACAAUAAGGAAGUUAGAGAAAAUGAAGAAAAUAAAAAGGAAGAUGAAUAUGAGGAUAAUGAAGAGGACGAAGAAGAAAAUAAUAAAGAGGAUGAAGAAGAGAAUGAAGAAGAGAAGAAUGAAGAGGAUGAAGAAGAGAUAAAUGAAGAGGAGAAUAAAGAGAAUGAAGAAAUGAAUGAAAUUAGUAAUGAUGAGAAUAAUGAGGUUGAAAAUAGAGAUAAGGAAAGGGAAGAUAGUAAUGAAAGUAAUGAAAAUAUGUUAUCAUAA